CAUUCAUGAAGCAAACUGCGAGUUGGAUCCUGCGCUGUUUGCUCACUAUUACAUUGGACAAUGCUGCGAGUCAGAUGUCUCAGAGGAGGUAGCAGGGGGGCCGAGGCUGCCCAUCUGAUCGGAGCCAUGCUUGGCCGGGCCGUGACUGGGUGGGUGCAGAGGGCCUUCCAGAGCACUUCGAGUGCAGCAGCUGCACAGUCACAGCGUGCAAUCGAAGAGGAACAUGUUACUGAGCCUAUGCUGCAGGAAUGUCCUGUCUGCAGCUACAAUGAAUGGGACCCUCUCGAGGAGGUGAUCGUGGGCCGUGCUGAAAAUGCCCGUGUGCCUCCCUUCACUGUGGAAGUGAAAGCGAACACAUAUGAGAAGAACUGGCCCUUCUAUCAGAAGUAUGGGGGCCAAUCUUUUCCUGACGACCACUUGAAGAAAGCUGUUAAAGAGAUUGAAGAAAUGUGCAAUAUUCUGCAUCAUGAGGGCGUCACUGUGAGGAGGCCAGAACCCAUCGACUGGUCCCUGGAAUACAAAACUCCAGACUUCAUAUCAUCAGGAAUGUAUGCUGCCAUGCCCAGAGACAUCCUUAUGGUUGUGGGAAAUGAGAUUAUUGAGGCUCCUAUGGCCUGGAGGGCUCGCUUCUUCGAGUACAGAGCCUACAGACCUUUGAUCAAGGAGUACUUCAGAAAAGGCGCUAAAUGGACCACUGCUCCUAAACCCACUAUGGCUAAUGAACUGUACGAUCAGGACUACCCCAUGCACACAGUGGAGGACAGACACAAGCUGGCCGCCCAGGGGAAGUUCGUGACCACAGAGCACGAACCCUGCUUCGAUGCUGCUGAUUUCAUCCGAGCUGGGAGGGAUCUUUUUGUCCAAAGGAGUCAGGUUACAAAUUACAUGGGAAUCGAAUGGAUGCGUCGCCAUCUGGCCCCAGAUUACAACAUCCACAUAAUCUCAUUCAAGGACCCCAACCCCAUGCACAUCGAUGCCACUUUUAACAUCAUCGGGCCAGGACUGGUGCUGUCAAACCCUGAUCGUCCAUGUCACCAGAUUGACAUGUUCAAGAAGGCUGGUUGGACUGUUGUGAAACCUCCGACACCUCUGAUUCCUGAUGACCACCCACUGUGGAUGUCUUCCAAAUGGCUGUCCAUGAAUGUCCUGAUGUUGGAUGAGAAGCGCGUUAUGGUUGAUGCCAAUGAAGAGACCAUUCAAAAAAUGUUUGAGAAUCUUGGUAUCAAGACCAUAAAGGUGAACAUUCGUCAUGCCAAUUCACUGGGUGGUGGCUUCCACUGCUGGACAACCGAUGUCCGCCGCCGUGGUACCCUGCAGUCCUACUUCCACUAGCCAUGCCAGAAAUAGGCAGUUUUUAUUGAGCUUUAAAGAUUUAAGCCUCAGUCCCAAAUCUUAAUACCACUGUAAUAGUCAAUUCUUUAUUGUCAGUGAAUCAUGUAUGUACACACAGGUUAAUGAAGGGUGCCGCUUUGUGAUACAGCAAUCUUCAGUUGGCGGAUUUCUAUCUUAAAAAGUCUACACAUUAGAAAUAAUGAAUGAUGUUUAGGUGUUAACUUGAACCUGUGAACAUUUUAUUCUUCUAAUCUGCAUGAAACAAAACUUCUAAUUUUAUCAUGACAGGUGGCACCAAAGUCCUUUUCUGGAUUGGGUCUUUAUGUCUUAAAUGAACAUGUUUGAAUUGUUUUGAUUUGACAUUGCUGUGCAUCAGUGCCUUUGCCAACAGCUUUGUUCAUAUAUAUAUAUAUAUGCUCAAUAGCAUAACUUUACUUCAAUCAGUAAUCUCAAUAUUAACUGCAUUUCUGGCCUGGCUAUUGUGAAGCUGAAGUGUUUAUGACUUCUACAUCUAAAAGUCAUAACUUUGAGGACAAGGUACAAUUUGGUAUGCGAAAGUCAUCAAACGAUGGGCACAGGAGGAGAGAUGCUACCUCCUCAUGAAAAGUCAGAAACCUUAAUUUUAUCUUUUUCCAAAGUUUAUUUUUUUUUUAUUUAAAGAAAUGUAUAAACAUUGUUACGUAGGUCAUUAAGCAAUAUUGAUUUCUUAUUGCUGGUAUAUUAUAAAAUAUUAUUAGUAUUUUUCAUACUCUUUAUUGGAUUUCCCGACAAAUGUUUUUAUAUAUUUACUUUAAAAGUACGCGAUCCAUAUCAGAUAUUGUAUACCUUUUGCCUCUGUUGUUUUCUUCUAUUGCAAAUCUGGGCCAGUUAUAUGCUACUAGUCAUUCUCAGUGCUUGGCUGCUUUUGUCUUAAUUAAAAAUAAGUUAUGGCUCAACAGUGGAAUGCAAGUGAUGUUUUGUAUUGUACAACAUUAAUAAAUGUAAUUUUAAAAA